GUACUCCCCCUGUCCCCACGCUCCCUGCGCGAGGUAUUAGUCGUGUUUAUGGCGUUGGUGUUUUUAGAGCUGUUAGUCCGGUGUUUGUAUCCAUUUUGUGUUUAGUUUCACCGCAUUUCUGGAUGUUUUAUCAAUAUAAGGUUUGCUUGGUAAUUGCAGCGAGUCGAAGAUGAGCAGUUAUCGUCGUAGCUUCAGCCGUGAAGACCCGCGUCUCAACCGGCAGGCGUCGAACACGUCUCCGAAGGCUGCUAAAAAUCCUAGUGAUCCCAGCCAUUCAACUUCUAACAAUGGACAAGCAGGCAAUGAGGGAUGGAAUGCCCAGACUGCAAACUACAAUCAUUCAGCUGCCCUGCAGACUGCAUAUCAGUCAUUGCCCUAUCACAAUACCGGAGGACAUCAGUAUCCCACGCAAACGUAUUACACGGGUUAUCAGAACUACAGCUACAACCCCUACGAGAACUACCAGGCCAGCCAGCAAGCGGCCUACAUCAAUCCAGCGGAUGAACCACGCCCGCCGGGCGAGGAGUCGCAGUAUCCGCAUGGGUCGUGGACAGCGUCGAAUAAUUACUCCGCUGGAGUGCCACCGGCUGAACCGGCGGUCGCACCACAGGUCGCACCGGAUUUUAGUAAUUCCACUGUGAAUAAUGAUAAGAAGAAAACUGAUGCUGUUGCAGAAGAGAAAAUCAAGCAACUAGCGGGUUUGAUAAAGGAACGCGAGACUUAUGAGGAUCGCGUUUCGUCGUUGAAGAAGAAAUUGUGGUUGCUUGUUGCGCAGAAAGAAGAUCUCACCUCGAAACGCUCACCUGACAAGGAAAAUCUUCGUAUUAUUAAAGAAAAUACAAUAUUACAGGUUGAAAUUCAAAGUAAAAUCAAAGACGCAAAUAAUGUAAUCGAUAUCUUGUCGAAUCUGAUCGGCGAUAAAAAGAAAUCGUCAAAACUCGAGUCAAAGUCGUCCAAGGACGAUGUGCCCACACUGCGCGGCAGCGAGAAGAUCAAUUUCAAGCACUUCGACCCGGAGAUUCACUGGUGCCGCCUCUGUGAUGUAUUUCCGCAGUCUGCAAAGGAGCUGCUGCUGCAUCUGCACAGCAAGACGCAUCAGGCGCAGGCAGCCGCACAGGAGGAAGUACCUUGGCACAAGCUGCCGCCGGAGCCCAAGUUUCCCACACACGAUGGCGCCCCCGUCAAGCGGGUGCCGAUCAAAGGUCUGCAGUUUUUCGUCGCCUCCACGGCGUGGUACUGCCGGCUGUGUGACGUCUGGAUCGGCGACCUGCAUUGCGCAUCGCAGCAUCUCAUGUCGAUAACGCAUUCGCAGAAUUACACAAAUUUUGUUGAACAAAACCCACAUUGGGAAACGGAGUGGAUGAAAGAUCGCGAGAAGGCACUCGAUCGUAUCAAACGCAACAAGGACGAUUCUGAUUCGGAUGAGGCAAGCAAACGUCGUGAUAAGUAUUCAUCUCCUAACGCGGUACAAGAUGGCAAAAAGAAGAAACGGUCGAAGAAGCGUAAGAAGCACUCCAGCGAUGAGUCCUCAAGCAGUUCUUCAUCUUCUUCUAGUUCCGAAGAGGAUAAAACUAAAUCAAUCCGUGUCGCUAUGCGGAAUAAACUACUCGAGAGUGACGGAAAGAUUGAUUUAUUGGAGAAGAUCCGGCAGGGUAAGAAAGAUGAUAUUCCUGAGGAUAAAUUGCUCAGUCAAUGGAUGACUACCGCGAAUGAUACGCCUGGUAAAGAUAAACAAUUGUUGGACAAUCUUAAAGAGAAAUUGAAGCAGAAACAAGACGCCGAGAAGGCCAAGAUUGCUUAUGAGGCGGAAGUUAUUCGCCGGCAGAAGGAACGUGAGGAAGCGGAACGCAAGGAGAGGGAGCGUUUUGAAAAGGAGGCGAUGGUUAAGGAAGAGGAGAAGAAGCACAGGGAGAAGAUGAGUUUGAAGCUUAGGCAACAGCCAUCUAUACGGGAAUAUAGGCGUCGCAGUGGUUCAAGAAGUCCUGAAAAACGUCGUCGUCGCUCACGAUCGCCUUCACCUUCACGCAGAGGGCAUCGAAAUGGUCGUGAUUAUGAGGAUCGCAGUCCUCGUUAUGAUCGUAAUCGAAGAAGCAGAAGUCGAAGUCGUGAUCACGAUCGUCGACGGCGUUCACGCUCCCAAUCACAUGAAUCACGCCGGGAUAGAGACCAUGACGAUGAUCGCAAGGACAAGUCCAAGGGGCAACAUUCCAGUAAGAAGUUGCCUUUCAUCGGCCGUAUGCCCCUCUUCAAAAACGUCAAACCCAAGUCGAGGGAUAGCGAAAAUAAGCGAGAGAUACAAAAGGAAGAUUAUGACGCGCCGAGGAAAACUCGUUUCCAGCCGGGGAAUCUCGCUCGAGCUUUUAUUCCUGAACCUGAGGUUGUUUGUUUCCCACAGUUGAGUUCUCUACCACCGAUUCCACCACCUCCACCGCCUAUUACCGCCCCUGUUAAGGUUGUGAGCGCACCAGAACCACCCAAGAUCAGUACUCCUAAACCUCCACCACCACCGAAGUUGAAAGUUGUCGCUGAGGAGGUUAAACUUGCGCCGAAAGCAGAAAGAGCGCUUCUGGAAGCUGCUAGAGAGGAGGCGGUUGAAGAGGAAGCCGAAACUGAAGAUGCUGAUGAUGCGGCGAAAUAUGCUCAGCAAGAUCACACCGCGUCGGAGGAUUAUAUGUUAUAUGAAGAUCCAACCAACACGAUGUAUCAGUAUGGUUCAAUGGAUUAUAAUAACAUGAUGUACUCGUCGGCAGCGUAUAAUUUCAUGCCGGUGCCUGUUGUUAAUCCUCCCGGAGUGGAAAUGGAGGUAUCUUCGGAGCCGGAACCGCCCAAGUCGCAUUCGCUACCGCUGGAACCGCCACCAUUGCCCCCGGAUGAUCCUAAUGAAGAUUUAGCCAUGUUGGGCUUAAGUUCCGAUGAUAUGGCCGUGCAGCAGUUUUUAAGUUAAGGAAAUAAUUUCGUUUCAGUGUGGCGCAUGUGAAGAUGAAUCUGGCCAUGGUUGAGUUGAUUGCACUUUGAAUAUUUGUUUUUUAAGUAAUUUGAAUAGUUUCAUUUUGGUGGUACAUAAUGCAUAGUGAAUUAAAACACUCGCUUUCAGUGAUGUAAAUAUGACUAUUAAUAACAUUAAAAUAGAUUCAUUCGCA